GUUCCGCUUCUAUAAAAGUGUUAUUCUAGGCGUGUGGCGACAUCUAAUGUAAUACCGUCACAGUUUUUAACCUAAAAAUUGCCCAAAUAACGCUAUUUAACGUAAAAAACGCGUUUCUGGGGUAAUUUUUCACCUUCAGAGCCACCACAAUGUCGCUCCCCCAGCUCAAAAACAUUUUAAGAGCUCCAACUUUUUAUCGCCUCCUGUCCACAUCAACAGCGUGUCAGAAAUCACAGUCGGGCCGAUACCGAAUCACCCCCCGUAAAGACCUACCCCUCACUUACGAAAUGGCAAAUCCACCCCAUCAAAUAGCCCACCGUAAAACUUGGAAUUCGAUCAACACUUCGAACUUGGAGGGCGGUUUAAGGUCGUCCGAAACCGCAAUUGAGGAUAUUUUCAUUCGCAAGUUUAUGACAGGGACUUGGCACGCGUUAUUUUUGAGUGAAAUUAUAAUAAAACGGCAACAUAACAUUAUCAGGAUUGCGGGAAUUGUGAGGAGGAGUGUCAGUGCCCGGAAAAUGUACUUUUUGAUCGGUUAUACGGAGGAGUUGUUGAGUUUUUGGUUACAGUGUCCUGUAAAAGUGGAGCUUCAGACGGUCGCCGACAGGCGCGAUGUUGUCUUCAAAUAUAUCUAAGGCACCGAUAAUAUACAGGGUGACCCUCUAUAAUUUUUUACUAUUUAAAAUAUUGCCAUGACGUUUUCAUAAUCCGGUAGAUUUACUUGAAGUUCACAAACCAAAAAUAUCUUUAUUAUAUACAGGGUGGUCGCCAGUUAUAUUUUUGCAACUUUUAUUCACCACCUUGUAUACAACAAUUUGUGAACAUGAAGUAAACGGCAUGGCAAUAGUAGCAAAAAAUUAUAUACAGGGUUAGUCUGUAUUAUUCGAUGACUGGGUUUAGUGACAUGUCAUAGCCAAGGUCACACGCCAUCUUGGCACCAUUAGCUUAGCUAACCAUGUCUGAUUAAUUUUUUAUUACAAUAAAAUUAUACAUAACGUAA